UCUCUAAUAUCAUGCAAAUAGACUCUCUCUGUGAGAUCUAUUUUUAUCAGAAGUCAGAGAAUCUUAUACUUCUCAAGACUAUCUUUAUAUAUCUUGUUUAUGAAAUCAAUAAGAAGAAUCAUCAAUUUCAGUAUUCUAUUCUUAAUAUUAUUCAAGUGACAGCACAGUUCACUCUGAUCACACUUUUUAAAU